UAGGGUUGACAUAAGUCGGAGCUGGCUGGCACAAAACAACAACAAAUACACACAGGUGUGGGCUGUUAGUUCAAUUGCCUUUUAAGUAUGUGAAGCACGGCUGGUUUGAGCUUUGGUUUCUAUUAGUGAACUGCUUUUUCUGAUCUUAAUGUUUCUAACAAAGAUUAUGAUUCAAUAGCAGUUGCAGAUGGCAGAUCACAUUUCCAUUCGCUGUGCGCUUCACAGUGAAUGGAACCAGCAAGUCAUGUCAUAAACCUACAUUAUAAGAAGAUUUUGGAAGGAGGAAAUAUAUUACAAAAUGUUGGCUCUGAUACAGCACUUGGAUUUUAUUUUGUUACUUAGGGUUUUAAAAAUGAAUAACAGGAAGGAUAAUUUUUACCCAAAAGGACAAUAAAUCCAUCAAUGAGGUUAGAAAAAAGUGAAUGAUCUUAAUUGUACUACCAUUGGGGCUGCAAUUCCCUGCACAUGUAUUGGAGAUUAAAAUCCAGUGGAAGUUACUUCCAAGUAAAUAUGUAUAGGAUUGUGCUGCAUAUUGCAAAACCUUAGUCAGAUUUUUAUUCUGGCUCCUGACAUGUAAUUUCUCUCCCCGUGUCUGAAUCAAAACCCUCAGUGCUUUCCAGUCCGUCAAUCAUCAGAUGAGACAUUUGUUGGAAUCUCUUUCCUUCCAUCCUAAAUAUAGACCAGGAAAGGGAUUUUCAUAUGCUUUAGCCUAAACUUGAGCCUAGAAAAGUUUCUUUUUUGGAGCAAAUUUGUGAGAAUCCCACAACUGGCAGGCUCACUGGCCAUAUUAGCUGGGUGGUUCUUGGAGUUGAGGUCCAGGAAAAUUGUGUUUCUAAGCUCUGAAUCCAGGUGGGGUUUACAUUGUAAUAGUAAAACCCUCAAUAAAAUGUCGCAGCGGGAACUAGUCCCUGUUCCAAAUUUCAGUCAUGUUGUUUGAUUCUCUGAGAUGGUUUAGUGCUCCCCCAAAUCUGAACUGUCAGUCAAUAUUCCCUGGAUAAUAAUAUAGUAUGCUCAGUCCAGUUUUGGAAUGACCUCCUACAUUUUUUAUUCAGACAUUUGCCCAACAUGUAAAAGUGAGCCAUUACUCUGUUAUCAUACCAACCUGACUGCACCUGAUACCUAGGGAUAAAUUCUGUCUGAAGCCUUGUAUAGCCAUGUCACAGAGUUGACAGUACUGGGAGAUAGAUGGACCAAUGGAUCAGUAUCAGCAUCAGAUCGCUUCCUGUACUCCUGUGGGACAUAACACUAUUCUUUUUGCUUUUUCACUUUGUUUGCCUGAUUCCAUACGAACUCUCUUUUCUCUUACUGUCCCUUAAUCAAUAUCUUUCUUGUUUAACAAAGCUUUUGGAGUUUUAGUUUAAUAUUGUUUUAUUAUCUUGCAUAUCUUGACGAUAUGUAUUUGUCACUUUGCUUUAUUUAUACAGUUAUGUAUUGUUUCUGUAUUAUAUUUGGACAUUCUGUGUUAUUAUUGUACUGUAUAUUUUUAUAUUUGCAUUUCUCCUCCAUGUGCACAUGUGUGUAUUUUAAAUUGUAUGCCUUUGGUAGGGCUGCCUGUUUUUUAUAGUAUUUCAAUAGCACGAUAUAAAGAGGAGGAAGAAGAAGACAGCUCUAAAAGUUUGGGCUUCUAAAGACACUCAUUUUCACUGAGCUCUGUGGGCUUCUCAAAGGAUUGGCCUGCAAGUAGAGAGGGCAGAAGCUGUUAGAAGCUAACAAAUGGCAGAAAGGAAUGGGCAUUCUUCCAAGAUCUCACCAUCAUGAUGGACCCUUCUAAAAGGACAUACCUGAUCGUGGGCUGCUUCUUGGCAGGUCCAUGGUUAGCCUCUUGCCAGACUUUGUUUCCUACUAUUCUUCCAAACAAAGAUGAAAUGGUGGUGCAACUGAAUUCUCCCUUCACCUUGAAAUGUUCUGGAGACAGUGAAGUAAACUGGCAGCAUCCGAUACCUGAAGACAACAAUACUAUAGACAUCAGAAAUGAAGAAAACAAUAGCGGCCUUUUUGUGACGGUGCUGGAAGUGAAAAAUGCUUCUGCUUCUCAUACGGGAUUGUACACUUGCUACUACAAUCAUUCCCAAGAAGAAGAAGGGGAGGUUGAGGGAAAGGAUAUCUAUGUCUAUGUGCCAGAUCCAGCUGUCCCUUUUGUUCCUACCUCCCCAGAAGAUUUGUUCAUUGUCAUUACUGAGGAAGACGAGUCCACCACUAUCCCUUGCCGCACAAGCGACCCUAACGCGCAAGUAACUUUAACAAACAGUGAGGGGAAAGUCAUGUACGCCUUUUAUGACAACAGACAAGGCUUCAUUGGAAACUUCUCUGCAGGCUCCUAUACAUGCAGGACCACUGUGAAGGCAGUGGAGUUCCUGUCUGGUGAAUUCUUUGUCUACGUUUACAAAGCUACUUCACAUCUUCAGGUUGAAGUUGAAUCCCUUAAGACUGUGUAUAAAACAGGAGAAACUAUUGUUGUAUCUUGUGUGGUCUUGGAGAAUGAAGUUGUGAACUUGCAAUGGAAUUAUCCAGGAAAAGUGAAGAACAAAGGGAUCAUUUCACUUGAAGACAUCAAAGUGCCAACCCAGAAGUUGGUUUACAACUUGACCAUUCCAGAAGCUUCAGUGAAGGAUAGUGGAGAUUAUGAGUGUGCAGCUCGGCAUGUGACCAAAGAUUUAAAGAAAGCUAAAAGAGUAGUCAUCACAGUUCAUGAUAAAGGGUUCAUUCAUCUGGAGCCCCAUUUUAAUCCCAUGGAAGCAGUCAAUCUCCAUGAAGUUAAAAACUUUGUAGUUGAUGUGCAUGCAUACCCAGAGCCAAGACUCUUUUGGCUAAAGGACAAUGUCACUCUGAUGGAGAAUCUCACCGAGAUUGUCACUAGUUCCAAGCAGAUCCAGGAGACGAGGUACCGGAGUGUAUUGAAAUUAAUUCGUGCCAAGGAAGAAGACAGUGGGUACUAUACUCUAGUAGCACAGAAUGAAGAUGAACUUCAAAGAUAUACUUUCUCUCUGCUCAUACAAGUACCAGCUUUAAUUCGAGACUUAGUAGAUAACCAUUAUGGCUCUGCUGGGCAGACAGUGAAGUGCUUGGCAGAAGGGACACCUCUUCCUGAUGUUGAAUGGCUGGUUUGCAAAGACAUUAAAAGGUGCAGCAAUGAUACUUCAUGGACUCUCCUGACUAACAAUAUUUCUGAUAUUACUAUGGAGACACAUCUGGAUGAGAGAAACAUGAUAGAGAGCCAGGUGACUUUUCAGAAGGUGGAAGAAACUUUGGCUGUUCGAUGCAUGGCAAGGAAUGACCUUGGAACUGUGGCACGGGAACUGAAGCUUGUAGCUCCCACUUUAAGAUCAGAGCUGACUGUGGCUGCUGCGAUCCUAGUGUUGCUAGUGAUUAUAAUCAUUUCGCUGAUUGUCCUGGUUAUCAUAUGGAAACAGAAACCGAGAUAUGAAAUUAGAUGGAGAGUCAUUGAAUCCAUCAGCCCAGAUGGCCAUGAAUAUAUAUAUGUGGAUCCCAUGCAACUGCCCUAUGACUCAAGAUGGGAAUUUCCUAGAGAUGGAUUAGUUCUGGGCCGAAUUCUUGGCUCUGGAGCUUUUGGGAAAGUAGUUGAAGGAACUGCCUAUGGAUUAAGCCGGUCACAGCCUGUGAUGAAGGUGGCUGUGAAAAUGUUGAAGCCCACUGCACGAACCAGUGAAAAGCAGGCUCUCAUGUCUGAAUUAAAGAUAAUGACCCAUCUUGGACCCCACUUGAACAUAGUCAACCUGUUAGGAGCGUGUACAAAAUCAGGUCCAAUUUACAUCAUAACAGAAUACUGCUUUUAUGGAGACUUGGUGAACUACCUGCAUAAAAACAGGGACAACUUUCUGAACCGACACCCUGAAAAGACAAAAAAAGACUUGGAUAUCUUUGGGAUGAACUCAGCUGAUGAAAGCACUAGGAGCUAUGUCAUCCUGUCAUUUGAAAACAAUGGUGAAUAUAUGGAUAUGAAGCAAGCAGAGACAACACAGUAUGUGCCAAUGCUAGAAAGAAGAGACAGGUCAAAAUACUCCGACAUCCAAAGGUCUCUGUAUGAUAGACCUGCAUCAUAUAAGAAAAAAUAUCUGUCUGAACAAGAUGUUAUCAAUCUCCUUUCAGAUGACAACUCAGAAGGCCUUAGUUUGCUGGACCUACUGAGCUUUACCUACCAAGUUGCCCGGGGAAUGGAGUUCUUAGCAUCUAAAAAUUGUGUGCACCGUGAUUUGGCAGCAAGGAAUGUCCUCCUGGCUCAAGGAAAAAUUGUGAAGAUCUGUGACUUUGGUUUGGCUAGAGACAUCAUGCAUGAUUCAAAUUAUGUCUCCAAAGGCAGCACCUUCCUUCCAGUGAAGUGGAUGGCACCUGAGAGCAUUUUUGACAACCUGUAUACAACAUUAAGCGAUGUUUGGUCUUAUGGUAUUCUGCUCUGGGAAAUAUUUUCUCUUGGUGGCACCCCGUAUCCUGGCAUGAUGGUUGAUUCUACAUUCUAUAACAAAAUCAAAAGUGGCUAUCGAAUGGCAAAACCUGACCAUGCUACCAGUGAAGUGUAUGACAUCAUGGUGAAAUGCUGGAACAGUGAACCUGAGAAGAGACCUUCUUUUUACCACUUGAGUGAAAUAGUUGAGAAUCUUUUGCCUGGAGAAUACAAGAAGAGUUAUGAGAGGAUUCACUUGGACUUCUUGAAGAGUGACCAUCCUGCUGUCACACGCAUGAGAGCAGACUGUGACAAUGCUUACAUUGGUGUCACUUACAAAAAUGAAGACAAACUGAAGGACAGGGAGAGUGGCUUUGAUGAACAAAGACUCAGUGCUGAUAGUGGCUACAUCAUCCCUCUGCCAGAUAUUGACCCUGUAUCAGAAGAUGAACUUGGCAAAAGGAACAGGCACAGUUCCCAGACCUCUGAAGAAAGUGCCAUUGAAACUGGAUCCAGUAGUUCUACGUUUGUCAAGCGAGAGGAUGAAACCAUUGAUGACAUCGACAUCAUUGACGACAUUGGCAUGGAUUCCUCGGAAUUGGUUGAGGACAGCUUCCUGUAAUUCUAAAGAAAGUGGUGGACAUCGUUUGAGCUGCGUGAAAUGGAAAGCAAAAGCUCAGUGCAUAACUCAUGGACUUUUGACUCCGUAAGGGAAACCACUUUAAAAUAAAUGAUAGAGGCUUGUGCUGCCAAAUGACCUCACAAGGGACACAGAUGCCUCGUCUGCUUUGUGAAACAACAAAACCAAGUAUUUGGAAUCUGGUUUUGAAGUAUGUCAGUAGCAUCUCAGUAUUGUUUGCAGUUUUAAUAGGCAGGUGGAUAAAGGAAAAGGCCAUGGACAAUUCAGUUUGUGUUUCAAGGGCAUUCACAACUCGGAUAAUAUUUCCACUAUGGUGAAACACCAUCAAUGAAACUAUAGAUAUACCUGUCCUUACCAGGAUGUUUUGUGGAAUAUGCCUUUUUAAAAAAAAGACCACUCAAGAUACUUUUUUUUCUUCCUUCACUCUCAUUAUAAGCUGCUGUUGAACUAUGACAUGAGAUGAAGUACAUGUUAAAAAAGAAACCACUUUUGAAACUCAAAGGGAUUGGUACUAGGUAAUGUUUUACCUUUUCGCAGCUAAUGCAAACAAAAGGGAAUGAAAAUAAUUUCCAAACCUUAUACAAUAGCUUAGUAAAUGAAGUGAGAUUCUUCGUAACCAUAUAGGAAUAGCUGUUACCUAUUACUACUGUUCUUAGUAUCACUAAGUAUAGUUUACAACUACUCCUUGUUGUACAUUAAAAACACAAUACGUAAAAACUUUACUAACAAACUAAAACAUUUUAGAUUUAAAGGUUUACAACCAAGAACUCUUCUGUUUGACUGUUAAUGGUUUUGGUAAAUUAAAAGUAGUUUAGGAAGUAGGAAAAGCUAACUUAUUCCAAGGAAUCCAGAUGUAUUUUUCCAUCCUUAGUAGAGUGGCUUUGUUAAUACAAUGGAUUGAUAUGCUAGUGAAUCCUCCUUUGAUUCAGCAGAACUCUUAAAAAUCUAAAGUUUAUUUUUAGACUUCCAUUUGCAGCCAGGUUUCUCAAGUUAUUGUACAAUAGAUGUGUGUGGCUAAUCAAUCAAUAGCAAGGCUGCUUGAAGCAUUUAAAAAAUACACUGCACAUCUGAAAGUUUGUUUUGGGUUUACAUGUGGCAAAUUGAUUUGAUACACCAAAUAGUCUUUCUGAAAAAGCUUCUUUCUGAGCCUAUGAUUUCAAAUUAUGUAUGUAGCCACUUUGUGUGUGUCCCUGCACACACAAAACUUCUAGUUUUAGCAUUGGAUUUUAGCAGAAGUGUAACUGGAUCCAGCUGUCUUUGUCAAGUUCCCCUAGUUGUCAAAAGGAGAAGUCUUUUCAACUGCUCCAAUGGGCAUUGACUCUGGGAGUACAGCAAUUCUAAAGGCCUUCCCAUGCAUUACACAUGGGGGAGCACUGUAUGCACACUUAAGACAUUGGAUUGGCUGCACCUCUCUCCUGUAUUUUGCAAAACCUCUCUCUUUAUAAUAUGGAAAAUGGUCCUGGGCACCAUUUUAGCUAUUUUAAAGCACGAAUUUCAUAGCUGUCUUUCCUUUACCUGCAUUACUUAUUAUAUUGUAUCUUUGACAAAAUUGUUUUAUGCUUUAUAGUGAAAUCCUGGUCAUGUUUACUCAAAAGUAAGUCCCUUCUUGCUUACUGAGACUUAUUCACGGCCAAACAAGCAUGGUAAUGCUGUGAUUUUGUCAGAGUCUGGAAAUCAUGAACUGAAAUCAGUCUGUAAAAAAGAGAGACUUGGACAGUAUGGUGCACAAGAAGAGAUUAAUUCACUGCUUAAUUAUUAUGGAGACAUGUCAGGGUGUAAACCUGCUUAGAAGUAAAGCACUAUUAGCACAAAAUCUAUUUCUUAAUUUUAAAUAUGCAGGUGCUUGGCUGAUCUUAGCACUACACAUGUGCCACAAUGCAGACCUGGUAGUGAAGCUAUGUGCCAGAGUUAAUUCCUUACAUUAACUUAGGGCCUGAACAGACAGGCCAAAAUAAAGCUGCUUUAGGUCACUUUGGAGAUAUGCUAUUUAAAUGACACAUGCAUCUUAAGAGGCCAGAAGCUGCACUCUAGUCCUUCGGACUGGAGUGUGGCUUUGGCAUGGCUUCCAGAUUCUUAGGACUCAUGCAGCAUGUAAACAGCAUACAUCCAAAGUGAGAUGAAGCAGCGUUAUUUUGGCCUGUUUGUUGAGGCCCUAAGACUUACAUAAAUCCAGACCAGGGUGGAGGCCUCUGAAUUUCCUGUGAAAUCUGUGGUUCCUAGUUAUUUCUUUAGUGCAGCAUGCAUGGUCAUCAGUUGCCCAGGGUGAGUAACCACUUGGAACAAUACAACAUUUUAUGUUACAAAUUGAUUUACCAAUUAUUACAGCUGUGGCUGAAUAAUUUACUAAUGCAAUGGUUAAAAAACUAACGUAUGAAUAUAACAUGUGCUAGUGUUAGUGCUGAUGCUGAACUCUGUAGCAGAUGAUGAGAUGAUGAAGAGGAUUAAACAAUGCAAUGAAAGUCAGUGCUUUGGGCUGGGCCAGUGAUGACUCAAUGAAUAAUUAAUCACAACUAAAAAUGAGCUCCCAAGUGAUGCUUUGGUGAGAUGUAUGGAGGAGACCAAUUUGUUCCACACAAGCAUAGGGAAUGAUCCUGCCUUAAGCUCUGAAAGUCUAACUGAUUUUAGGGGAGAUGUUGGUUAUAUCAAGCCCUUCUAGAUACCGAGACUUUGCAGUAUCUCUACUAAACCAAGUUCCAUUCACUGUAACUCUGUUACUGCAUUGGAUAGAAAGAUCCAUUAUAGCCUUCCUUGCAGAUGUGUUCAGCAAGUGGUUUCUCAUGCCUUCCUGCACAUAGUCCAGGCUGUCACCUGUUUUGUAGACCUUCAUGUUUUAUAGGCCACGAAAUCAGCAAUGAUAUUCUUGCAUUGUUUCCUCUUCUUGUUGUUGUCUCUAUUCUGUGAUCAUGUUAAUCGAAAAUGUGCAUAACUUGCUUUCUAUGUACAUAGUUCACAUUGCCUACUUUGAAAUACCCAUCUCUUCAUUCUAUAUGCUGUCAACGGAAUACACAUUUCUUUCCUUUCUGCAUAACAGUGGAGAGGGGAUUGUUCAUCACUAUCUGCUCUUUCAUGUGUCAUGCACAACAUCUUUUGGAAUGUAACUAUUGCUGGAUUGGGACCAAGCUCUAGGUAUGGACCAAAGUAAUGAUUAGAUUUGCCAUAUUAUGGAAAUUACAUUUCUUACAAUACUGCAAUGGACUGCACAUUUGAAAACUUUAGAAAGACAAUACAUUAAUGUAGGAGGUACCUCUUGUGCUAAGGCUGCAAUCCUACAUCCAUUUACGGUACUUUUCAGUGGAUAUAUAGGACUGCACACUUAGCUGUUUAAUACUAGCCUGGAAAACAUCAACAACCUUGGAUGAUAAUACUUUAGUGACUGUCUGAUGUUAUUUUUACCUACUGUUUACUCCGUUGUGGGUCAGUAUUGAGAGAGAAGAAAACCCAACUCCUGUCUGUUCCACAUUCUCAUGAUGACAAUCGAAUUUUGCCUGUGAAACAUGACUUUCCCCAUUUGAAUGGUCAACCCUAAUCCUUUAAAUGUGGUCUGCAAAUGUAUAAAACAGUCCUAUGAUAUAAUGAAGGACAUAAGAUGAGGUGAUGUUAUACAUCAAUAUGUAUAUAUGUAUUUUUAUAUCGACUUUGAGGAGUACUGCGAAAACAUUUAUGACAAGCUGUAUCACUGCCUUUGUUUAUAUUUUUUUUACUGUGAUAUACUCCACAGGCACGCUAACUGUUGCACUUUUAAAUGUCCAAAAUCUAUAUUUUAGAAUGAUAAAAGUGAGUAAGAGAGUCCAAGGUGAUGGUAUUGUGAAGUAUGAGAAGAACAAGCUAGAAUGAGUUACUAUAGGUACAAAAUGUAAUGCAAAUGCCCCCGUUCUUAUUUUUGUCUUUUAAAAAACAUGUAAAUUAAGAUCUUUAUAUUUCAAUAAAUGAUAUAUAAUUUAAA